GUGUACUAAACUAUGAAAAUGGUAUAAUCUUGGCAUCUUUAAAAGUAUAAUUUUGGCUGGCAACUGGGGAGAUAAGUUUGACUCUUGUGGGAAGUGUACAUUAAACAUUUGUUUAUAAGUACUAUAGCCUAGUGAUAAAAGAGGAAACAAAAUUUGCAGCUGCAAAUUAUACAAUGAGUUAAUUAACAAAUUACGAAGAAACCAUGGAAUUCCCUUCCCAACUUAUUAUUCUACUACUCUUGUCUUUCCCCGUAUUCCUCUUCCUCCUCAACCGCCGUCGGAAAAUAUCGGCCACCAAAAACCGCCGCCUACCACCUGGACCACCGGGAUGGCCCAUAUUUGGAAACAUGUUCCAACUUGGAGAAAUGCCUCACCGCACACUCACAAACUUAAGAGAAAAAUAUGGUCCAAUUUUAUGGCUCAAAAUUGGCGCCGUAAACACAAUGGCUAUACUCUCAGCCAAAGAAGCCACAAUAUUUUUCAAAAACCACGACCACGCUUUCUCAGAUAGAACCGUAAUUGAAACCAUGCGUGUCCAUAAUUACGACAAGUCAUCAUUAGCUUUGGCUCCAUACGGCUCCUAUUGGCGCCUAAUGCGCCGGCUCGUAACUGUCGAUAUGUUGGUCCUAAAACGCAUAAACGACACCGUUUCAAUUCGCCGAAAAUGCGUAAAUGACAUGCUCGCGUGGGUUGCAAAAGAAGCGCGCGCGCGUGAGUUGGAAGAUGGUCGUGGACUCCACGUGGCGCGUUUUAUUUUCUUCAUGAGUUUUAACAUGUUUGGGAAUUUAAUGUUGUCGCGGGAUUUGUUUGACAUGGAAUCUGAAAAUGGGUCCGAGUUUUUCGCGGCGGUUAUGGGGAUGAUGGAGUGGACUGGACAUGCUAACGUGGCGGAUUUGUUUCCUUGGUUGAGGUGGUUGGACCCACAAGGACUUAGGAGGAAAAUGGAUAGGGAUAUGGGAAAAGCUCUUGAAAUUGCUUCCACGUUUGUGAAAGAGCGUUUGGAGGUGGAGCGUGAUGAGGUAUCGAGAGAUUUCUUGGAUGUUUUGCUUGAGUUUCAAAGAAAUGAGAACCAACAUGCACUCAAUAUCUCAGAUAAAGAUCUCAACAUUUUCAUCUUGGAAAUGUUCUUGGCUGGGUCAGAAACAACGACCAGCACAAUUGAAUGGGCAAUGACGGAGCUAUUAUGCAACUCUAAUUGUAUGUUAAAGGUUAAAACUGAGCUUAGUUCAUUAAUUGGGACUAAAGAUGUUGAAGAGAGUGACAUAGACAAGCUUCCUUACCUACAGGCUAUAGUUAAAGAAACACUAAGGUUACAUCCUCCAAUUCCACUUCUUGUCCCACGAAAAGCGGUACAAGACACAGACUUCAUAGGAUACUUCAUACCAAAAGACACACAAGUGUUUGUGAAUACUUGGGCAAUUGGAAGAGAUCCAGAUGUUUGGGAUGAACCUUUAGUUUUUAAACCCGAGAGGUUUUAUGGUUGCAAUAUUAAUAAUAAGAUUGAUUAUAAAGGGCAAAAUUAUGAGUUGAUCCCAUUUGGAGCUGGAAGAAGAAUGUGCGCGGGUGUGCCUUUGGCUCAUAGAGUGCUUCACCUUGUGUUGGGAUCAUUGCUACAUCGAUUUGACUGGGAGCUUGAUAGCAAUGUUACGCCUUCAACUAUUGAUAUGAAAGAUAGGCUUGGUAUAACCAUGCGAAAAUUUCAACCUUUGCUUGCUGUGCCCAAAUUAGUUGCUUCUUAAUCAUUGUUAUUUAAUGAUUUAUUCUAUAAAUAAAUCAGUGUUUUUUAGUUCAACUUAUAUAAAUGUCAACUUCUUAAAUUCAACUUAAUGUCUUGACUUUGAACGUGAUAUGUUU